UACCAUCUAAUUGAAGUUGGUGCAUAAUUUGGACUUCAUUUGAUGUAGUUUUUGCAUGCUGUACCAUGUUUAAUUAAUUCCCAUUGAUCUACUAGUCCAAAUGAUUUGAAAUUUAAUAUGUGGCUUGUUGAAUGCCUUCUGGUUAGGAUAGAAUUUUUGUGGAUUUUUUGGAUCCUUUUUGACAUGUGGUUGGAUAUGAUCUUGCUGGUUGUUUGUAUGAGACUCAACAUUGCUUCAUUUGCCUUCUAGGUUGCAUAAUUUAAAAUAGGAACAUAGUUUGAAUAUGGGACCAAUUGGGAUCCCUUUGUAUUUGAUAUUACUUGGUUUUCAUCAUGAAUUGGCUGCUGUUUUAGGAUUUUUCCAUCUUUUUGACCCUAGGCUAGUCCUAGUGGUCAUAGUACUUACCUUUGAGUGUGAUUGUACCUUUUCAGGUUAAAGAUAAUGAUUAAGGAGAUUUGCUCCACAUUAUGGAUUGUGUUACUUGACACAUAUGACUAAUGUAUUUGUUUUGUAGGAUGUUGGUUCAUGUGAGCCUUGUGCUAUGCACCUCAUUAUGUGUAUAAUUGUACUUGGUUAAUUGAUCAUUAUAUUGUUGUCUGUUUGUGAAAGUAGAUGCUGAUUCUGUUUGACUUUUGUACAGGUACCUUUAGUUGCUCAAUUCCUUGCGAACUUUUGCUUUGCGUUGCUUAAGCAACUUGCAUUGAGGAAUGAUGAAUUCGUCCAACGCUGACAUUCUCGAGCUGAAAAAGAGGAUGGGAGAACUGAUCAGUGUCAUGCAAGAGUUCGCCUUGGAGCAAAAGGUAAUUGCCGAAAAGGUGAGGAGGAUUGAAGACUGGCUGAAGAUGGGGAACAUGCAAGGAAACACUUCGUUGUCUGGACCGAAGAAAUCCUUUGGUAAUGACCAGUGCAAGGAUGAGGGUGACUCGAGUGUUGUGUACGCCCAGAGAGGACACGGUAGAGGUCGUUACUACCAGCACACUGCUGCAGUAACCAUCCCUGCUGGUAAUCAGUCAAUCCGGCAGCAACCUCAGCCAACUCCACAGAAGAGACAGGGAGCUGGGAAUCAGGUGAAAGGAAAAGGGGUUGAUCGUCAUUUUGACAAGCCACCCAUGCCAUAUGCUGCUCUGUUUAAAAAGUUGAUGGAUCUGGGGAUGGUUCAGCCAAGGACGUUAGCUCCAUUGAGAGCAGAUCAGUGGCCACCAAACUAUAAUGAGAACGCCAGGUGUGAAUUUCAUUCUGGUACGCAGGGGCAUGACAUUGAGGGUUGUAGAGCCUUUAAGCAUACUGUUCAAGACCUGCUGGAGUCCAAGGCCCUCCAUUUUUCACUAUUGACAGAUGUUAAUGCUAAUCCCAUACCGGCGCAUGGUCAGGUGAUGGGGAAUGCAAUUACUGAAGAUUCAAAUUACACCCGGGCAGUGGGUAAAGAAACUAACAGUGACUGGGGAAUUGAUCAGUGGAUAAAAUCGUGCGUGCCAGGGAGCUGGAAGGCCUAAAAGAUCAACACUGUUACUCGUCUGGAAGAGUAUUAUUUCUUGUUUUCAGUUUAUUUGCAUGAAAGCCAUACGUGUUGCCCGACACGCAAUGGUCCAUUGUA